AUGGAAGCUGCUAUUAGAGUGGUCAGAUAUCUUAAACAAGCACUAGAAAUGGGAUUGUUAAUGUCCUCUAAUUCAUCCAAUCAGUUGCAAGCCUUUUGUGAUGCAGAUUGGGCAUCUUGUUCAUCCAUUAGAAGGUCAAUUAGUGGUUACUUGGUGAAACUUGGGAAUUCUCUCAUUUCUUGGAAGUCAAAGAAACAAGCAAUAAUUUCCAGAAGUUCUGCAGACGCAGAAUAUAGAAGUCUUGCCUCUGUGGUAGCAGAAAGUUAUUUGGCUCAAUGGUUUAUUCAGAGAAUUGGGCAUUACUAUUCGUUACCAGUUAGUGUCUCUUGUAAUAGCAAGUCAGCUUUGCAAAUAGUCAAUCCGGUGUUCCAUGAAUGUACAAAAUAUAUAGACAUUAACUAUCAUUUCAUUGGAGAAAAGAUUCAAAAUGGGCUCAUUCAAACCAUUUACUUGGCUUCUAUGAGAACUACCAGCUGA